AUGAACUUUGACGCAGAGAUGGCCAUUUUUGAAGAAACAGCUCCCUACCUGCGGAAGCCAGAGAAGAGAAUGGAGGCUUAGAAUCACCCUUUGGAUUCUAAGAAAGCCUGCUUUGCACUGGAUGAUAAAGAAUUUUAUGUGAAAGGUAUGAUCCAGAGCAGGGAAAAUGACCAAGUCACAGUCAAGACCCUCGAUGACCGGACACUCACUCUGAACAGUGACCAGGUGUUCCCCAUGAACCCUCCCAAAUUCAACAAGAUCGAGGACAUGGCCAUGAUGACCCACCUGCACGAGCCCGCGGUGCUGUACAACCUCAAAGAGCACUACACAGCCUGGAUGAUCUACACCUACUUGGGCCUCUUCUGGGUCACCAUCAACCCCUACAAGUGGCUGCCAGUGUACAACCCCAAGGUGGUGGCUGCCUACAGAGGCAAAAAGCGCCAGGAGGCCCUGCCCCACAUCUUCUCUGUCUCCGACAACACGAUGCUGACUGAUCAAGACAACCAGUCCAUCCUUAUCACUGGAGAGUCUGGGCCUGGGAAGACGGUGAACACCAAGCAUGUUAUCCAGUACUUUGCAACAAUCGCAGUCACUGGAGACAAGAAGAAGGAGCCACAGCCAGGCAAAACACAGGGGACCCUGGAGAAUCAGAUCAUCCAAGCCAACCCCUUGCUGGGUUUUGGAAAUGCCAAGACCAUGAGGAAUGACAACUCCCCAAGAUUUAUGCUGUCCACAGACAAUGCCAUUGACAUCCUUGGCUUCAGCUCAGAGGAGAAAGUUGGGAUCUACAAACUGACUGGAGCUGUGAUGCAUUAUGGGAACAAGAAGUUCAAGCAGAAACAGCGUGAGGAUCAGGCAGAGCCGGACGGCCCUGAGGUGGCUGACAAAGCUGGAUACCUAAUGGGUCUGAACUCUGCAGAAAUGCUGAAAGGCCUGUGCUGUCCAAGGGUAAAGGUGGGGAAUGAAUAUGUCACUAAAGGACAAAAUGUCCAACAGGUGACCAACACGGUGGGCGCUCUGGCCAAAGCCAUCUACGAGAAGAUGUUCCUGUGGAUGGUAACCCGCAUCAACCAGCAGCUGGACACUAAGCAGCCCAGGCAGUACUUCAUCGGGGUCCUGGACAUCGCUGGCUUUGAGAUCUUCGAUUUCAACAGCCUGGAGCAGCUGUGCAUCAACCUCACCAAUGAGAAACUGCAACAGUUUUUCAACCACCACAUGUUCGUGCUGUAGCAGGAGGAGUACAAGAAGGAGGGCAUCGAGUGGGAGUUCAUCGACUUCGGGAUGGACCUGGCUGCCUGCAUCGAGCUCAUCGAGAAGCCGAUGGGCAUCUUCUCCAUCCUGGAAGAGGAGUGCAUGUUCCCCAAGGCCACGGACACCUCCUUCAAGAACAAGCUGUAUGACCAGCACCUGGGCAAGUCUGCCAACUUCCAGAAGUCCAAGGUGGUCAAGGGCAGCGCCGAGGCCCACUUCUCCCUGAUACACUACAUGGGCACCAUGGACUACAACAUCACGGGCUGGCUGGACAAGAACAAGGACCCUCUGAACGAGACUGUGGCCGGGCUGUACCAGAAGUCUUGGCUGAAGCUGUUGUCCUUCCUUUUUUCCAACUACACUGGUGCAGAAGCAGGUGAAAUUCUUUCUGUGUUUUCCCCUGUGGAAAGCUCUGUAUGCGCCCUGGGCACUGUCUCCCCAGGCGUGAUGGACCAACCCUUGGUCCUGCACCAGCCGCGCUGUAACGGGGUCCUGGAGGGCAUCUGGAUCUGCAGGAACGGCUUCCCCAGCCAGAUCCUCUAUGCUGACUUCAACAGCGGUCAGCUGUACUGGAUCCUCAGUGCCACGGCCAUCCCGGAAGGGCAGUUUAUCGACAGCAAAAAUGCUGCUGAGAAGCUUCUGAACUCCUUCGAUGUGGACCGGGAGCAGCACAGGUUUGGCCACACCAAGGUGUUUUUCAAAGCUGGGCUCCUGGGACUUUUGGAGGAGAUGAGAGACGAGAAGCUGGUGACCCUGAUGACACACAUGCAGGCCGUGGGCCAAGGGUACCUGAUGCACGUGGAGUUCAAGAAGAUGAUAGAGAGGAGGAACUCCAUCUUCUGCAUUCAGUACAACAUCCACUCGUUCAUGAACGUCAAGCAUUGGCCCUGGAUGAACCUGUUCUUCAAAAUCAAGCCCCUGCUGAAGAGUGCAGAGGCUGAGAGGGAGAUGGCCACCGUGAAGGAGGACUUCGAGAGGGUCAAGGAGGAACUGGCUAGAUCUGAGGCUCGCCAGAAGGAGUUGGAGGAGAAAAUGGUGUUCCUGUUGCAGGAAAAGAAUGACCUCCAGUUGCAGGUCCAGUCUGAAACAGAAAACCUGAUGGCUGCAGAGGCGCGAUGUGAGGGGCUCAUCAAAAGCAAGAUUCAACUGGAGGCCAAAGUCAAGCAGCUGAAUGAGAGACUGGAAGAGGAGGAGGAAAUAAACUCUGAACUGGUUGAGAAGAGGAAUCUGGAAGAUAAAUGCUUUUCUCUCAGAAGAGACAUUGACGACCUGGAACUGACCCUAACGAAAGUAGAAAAAGAGAAGCAUGUCACAGAGAACAAGGUAAAGAAUCUCUAUGAAGAAAUGACAGCACUUGAAGGAAACAUUUCCAAAUUGACCAAAGAGAAGAAAUCUCUGCAGGAAGCCUGUCAGCAAACACUGGACGAUCUUCAGGCUGAAGAAGAUAAAGUCAACAAUCUAAUCAAAUUCAAUGUCAAGCUGGAGCAGCAACUGGAUGACCUUGAGGGCUGCUUGCAGCAGGAGAAGAAACUGGGGGCUGACCUCAAAAGAAUGAAGAGGAAGCUGGAAGGAGACCUGAAAAUGUCCCAGGAAUCUGUUAUGGUGAAAAAUGACAAGCAGCAAGUGGAGGAGAAACUGAAGGAGCAGGGGUUUGAAAUCAGUCCAUUACAAACCAAAAUUGACGAAGAACAAGUUCACAGUUUGCAGUUGCAAAAGAAGAUAAAAGAACUGCAGGCCCACACAGAAGAGCUGGAGGAAGAGAUUGAAGCAGAGCACACACUCAGGGCCAAGACUGAGAAGCAGCGUGGGGACCUGGCCCCGGAACUGGAGGAGAUCAGCGAGCGGCUGGAAGAAGCCGGUGGGGCGACCACGGCCCAGAUUGAGAUGAACAAGAAGCAGGAGGCUGAGUUCCUGAAACUGCGCAGGGACCUGGAGGAGGCCACCCUGCAGCAUGAAGCCACGGCAGCCACGCUGAGGAAGAAGCACGUGGACAGCGUGGACGAGCGGGGGUUGCAGAUUGACAACCUGCAGAGGAUCAAGCAGAAGCUGGAGAAGGAGAAGAGUGAGAUGAAGAUGGAGAUCGACGACCUGGCCAGCAACAUGGAGACUGUCUCCAAGUCAAAGAGUAACAUAGAAAGAAUGUGCCAGACUGUGGAAGAUCAAUUUAAUGAAAUCAAAGCCAAAGAUGAGCAACAGACACAGUUAAUCUAUGAUCUGAACAUGCAGAAGGUGAAACUGCAGACCCAAAAUGGGGAGCUGAGUCACCAAGUGGAAGAGAAGGCGUCUCUGAUUUCACAGCUAACCAAAGGCAAGCAGGCCCUCACCCAGCAGCUGGAGGAGCUUAAGAGGCAACUGGAAGGAGAAACCAAGGUCAAGAAAGCCCUGGCACACGCCCUGCAGUCAGCCUGCCAUAACUGUGACCUGCUGCGGGAACAGUACGAGGAGGAGCAGGAAGGCAAAGCUGAGCUGCAGAGGGCGCUGUCCAAGGCCAACAGCGAGGUGGCCCAGUGGAGGACCAAGUACGAGACGGAUGCCACCCAGUGCAGAGAGGAGCUGGAGGAGGCCAAGAAAAAACUGGCCCAGAGGCUCCAGGAAGCAGAGGAGAGCACAGAGGCAAUGAGCUCCCAGUGCACUUCCUUGGAGAAAACCAAGCAGAGGCUUCAGGGGGAGGUGGAUGACCUGAUGCCAGGUUUGCAGCGAACCAGCACAGCCUGUGCCAUCCUGGACAAGAAGAAGAGGGGCUACAAUAAGGUCCUUGCAGAGUGGAAGUAAAAGCUGGACGAGGGUCACGCUGAGUUGGAAGCUGCUCAGAAAGGGUCCAGGUCACUCAGUACUGGAAUCUUCAAGAUGCAGAAUGCCUAUAAGGAGGUGGUGGAUCAGUUAGAGAUGCUGAGAAGGGAAAAUAAAAACCUACGAGAAGAGAUUUCAGACUUAACUGAGCAGAUUGCAGAAACCGGCAAGAAUCUUCAGGAAUUGGAAAAGACCAAGAAGCAGAUGGAGCAAGAAAAGUCAGACCUCCAGGCGGCCUUAGAAGAAUUGGAGGGUUGCUUGGAACAUGAAGAGAGCAAGAUUUUACGUGUCCAACUGGAGUUGAGCCAAGUAAAAUCCAAGCUUGACUGCAAAGUCACUGAGAAGGAUAAAGAAACUGAACAGCUAAAAAGGAACAGCCAGCGGGCAGCCAAGGCCAUGCAGAGCAUGCUGGAUGCUGAAAUCCAGAGCCGGAAUGAUGCUCUCAGGCUGAAGAAGAAGAUGGAGGGAGACCUCAGUGAGAUGGAGAUUCAGCUGGGCCACUCCAACCGCCAGGUAGCAGAGACCCAGAAACAACUGCGCACAGUCCAGGGCCAGCUCAAGGACUCGCAGCUUCACCUUGACGACGCCCUGCGGAGCAGUGAGGACCUCAAGGAGCUGCUGGCCAUCAUGGAGCACAGGAACGGCCUCUUGCUGGAGGAUCUGGAGGAGAUGAAGGGGGCCCUGGAGCAGACAGAGCGGACAUGCAGGCUGUUGGGGCAGGAGCUGCUGGAGGCCAGCGACCGCGGGCAGCGGCUGCACACCCAGAACACAGGCCUGCUAAGUGCCAAGAAAAAACUGGAAGCUGACAUAGCCCAGUGGCAGGCAAAGGUGGAGAGCUCUAUCCAGGAGUCCAGAAAUGCAGAGGAGAAGGCCAAGAAGGCCAUCAUGGACAUGACCCUAAUGGCCGAGGAACUGAAGAAGGAGCAGGACACCAGCGCCCACCUGGAGGGGAUAAAGAAGAACCUGGAGCAGACGGUGAAGGACCUGCAGCACCGCCUGUACGAGGCUGAGCAGCUGGCCCUGAAGGGCGGGAAGAAGCAGAUCCAGAAACUGGAGGCCAGGGUGCGGGAGCUGGAAAAUGAGCUAGAUGCUGAGCAGAAGAGAGGAGCCGAGGCUCUGGAGGGGGCCCACAAAUAAGAGCGAAAAAUCAAGGAGCUGUUUUUGCAGGCUGACGAGGAUCGCAAGAAUAUCCUCCAGCUCCAGGACCUGGGGGAAGACCUGCAGGACAAAGUGAAGGCUUACAGGAGGCAGGCUGAGGAGGCCGAGGAGCAGGCCAACGCGCAACUGUCCAAGUGCCGCAGGCUCCAGCGGGCUGAGAAGGCUGAGGAGAGGGCAGAUGUUGCUGAGUCCCAGGUCCACAUGCUGAGGGCCAAGAGCCGAGAUGCAGGAGCCCAGAUGAGACGGGGACUAAGUGGCACCGGGGGAGCCUGGAGCCUGCUUGCUGGCUUCUCUUCCCUGCUGCCGGGAGGAGCAGGCCAACGCGCAACUGUCCAAGUGCCGCAGGCUCCAGCACGGGCUGAGAAGGCUGAGGAGAGGGCAGAUGUUGCUGAGUCCCAGGUCCACAUGCUGAGGGCCAAGAGCCGAGAUGCAGGAGCCCAGAUGAGAUGGGGACUAAGUGGCACCGGGGGAGCCUGGAGCCUGCUUGCUGGCUUCUCUUCCCUGCUGCCGGGGGCACUGCCCAAGAAGCCCCUGCUUUUUGGGGGACUCAUCCCAUCUCCAGGGGCUUGA